AAGCGCAGUGCGCAACUCAGGAAAAGAGCGCACAGCUUUCUCCGCAUACAAACACCAUGGAGAUUUGUGGACUGUGGAUUUCUCUCAACGUGAGCAUUUUUCUCUUUUUGCUCCAGUGGGCAGGUUCAGGCGCAUUUAACUUGGACACAAAAAACGUGCUGAGGAAGAACGGGGACCCCAGCAGCCUCUUUGGUUUCUCUCUCGCAUUGCACCGGCAGCUCCAACCAGAGGACAAGAGAAAACUUCUGAUUGGAGCUCCCAGGGCCAAAGCUUUAUCCAAACAGGGUGCAAGCAUCACUGGGGGUUUGUACAGCUGUGACAUCACCACUAAUACAGAUGACUGCGAGCGGAUUGAGUUUGACAAUGAUGCUGAUAUGCAUGUGGAGAGUAAAGAGAAUCAGUGGAUGGGGGUGACUGUACAGAGUCAGGGGCCAGGGGGAAAGAUUGUGACCUGCGCCCACCGAUACCAACGACGGCUGUUUGUGAACACACCACAGGAGUCACGGGAUAUUACUGGGCGCUGCUAUGUACUCAGUCAGGAUUUCAGCAUUGAUGGCCAGUCAGAUGAUGAUGGAGGCAACUGGAAAUUCUGUGAAGGUCGUCCCAGGGGUCAUGAGAGAUUUGGUGCCUGUCAGCAAGGUCUGGCUGCAGCAUUCACCAAAGACUACCAUUAUGUCAUCUUUGGAGCCCCAGGAGCUUAUAACUGGAAAGGAAUUGUGCGGGUAGAGCAAAAAAACAACACUCUCCUCGAAAUGGGCUUUUAUGAUGAUGGCCCAUAUGAGGUUGGGGAUGAAAAUCGUUUGGAUCCACAGCUGGUGCCUGUACCUGCUAACAGUUACUUAGGUUUCUCUCUGGAUUCUGGCCACAGCAUUACUGAGAAGGGCAAAUUGAUUGUGGUGUCUGGAGCUCCAAGAGCCAAUCACAGUGGGGCAGUGGUGCUGCUGAGGAAAGAGGGUGAGGUGUCCACCAUGCUAUCGCCUGAGUAUGUGCUAGAAGGACCUGGACUUGCCUCUUCAUUUGGAUACGACGUAGCAGUUGUGGAUCUCAAUGGAGACGGAUGGCAGGACAUUGUGGUGGGAGCUCCUCAGUUCUUCCAGAGAGAUGGUGAGGUGGGGGGAGCAGUGUAUGUCUACGUCAACCAGGCUGGAAAGUGGAGCACCGUCGUCCCCACCCGCCUCAAUGGAACUAAAGACUCGAUGUUUGGACUGGCGGUGAAGAAUAUUGGCGACAUCAAUCUGGAUUCCUAUGAAGAUAUUGCAGUUGGUGCUCCUUAUGCAGAUGCAGGCUCUGGUAGAGUGUACAUCUAUCAUGGAUCAGUUUAUGGCAUUAACACCAAACCAGCUCAGAUUCUGGAAGGUAGACCUCAUGGCAUAAACAUGUUUGGCUAUUCAUUGGCUGGGAACAUGGACUUGGACGACAACUUCUACCCAGAUCUUGCCGUUGGAUCUCUGUCUGAUGCCGUGUUUGUGUACAGGGCCAGACCUGUCAUCAGCAUAAAGAAGGAAAUCAAGGUUACACCAAAGGAAAUUGACCUGACAAAGAAAACAUGUGGAAAUAGUAUUUGUUUGAAUGUUGAAGUCUGCUUUACCUAUAAAGCAAAUCCUGCUACUUACAACCCCAAAUUGACCAUUUCGUACAUACUUGAGACAGAGUCACAACGCAGAAAGCAGGGGUUGCACUCUAGAGUGUCCUUCCUGGAUAAAAAGCCAACAGAUCAAGACUUCCAGUCUACAGGCACGCUAGAGCUAAGAGGCCAGAACAAGAAAACUUGCCACAAAGUCAAACUCCAACUGCAGGAGAACAUCAAAGAUAAGUUGAGAGCAAUCCCCAUUGAGGUGUCCUGCACCAUUGAGGGUGCUAAGAGAGGAAAAAGUCCAGCCUCACUACCAGAGCUGGUGCCUGUACUGAACUCGAAUAUUCCAAGCAAGACCAGCAUUGAAGUGAACUUCCUAAAGGAGGGGUGUGGGUCUGACAACAUAUGUCAGAGUAAUGUGCAGCUGCAAUACAGAUUCUGUUACAGAGAAUCCAACCAGGACAUAUUUCCUCCAUUACCUACGAAGAAUGAUAUUGCAGUGGUAUCUCUGAGUGACCAAAAGGACAUUGCUCUGGAGGUAACAGUGAAGAAUAGAAAUGGAGAUGAUGCUCAUGAAGCCAAACUAAUAGGAUGGUUUGGUGAUACGCUUUCAUACUCUGGGUUCAGAUCUCAGAAAACUACAGACAAGCACGUGAUCUGUGCAGCCAAUCAAAAUGGUUCACAAAUAGACUGUGAACUGGGGAACCCAUUCAGAAGAGAUUCUGAGGUCACGUUUUACAUUAUCCUGAGCACUGCCAGGAUCUCCUUCCACACCACUGAGGUUGAGGCUGACCUACAGCUAGAGACAACGAGUCUGCAGGGGGGUUUAGAGAGAGUAAGGGCGAAAGCUAAAGUCAUGAUUGAACUUCUGUUAUCAGUGCAAGGGGUUGCCAGGCCGUCACAGGUGUAUUUUGGAGGGAAUGUUAGAGGAGAGAGCGCUGUGAAGUCAGAGGAAGAAGUUGGCAGUUUGAUUGAAUAUGAAUUUAGGGUAAUGAAUUUAGGCAAGCCACUGAAGUCAUAUGGCACAGUGUCCCUCAAUAUCCAGUGGCCUAAAGAAACUGCAGUGGAGAAAUGGCUUCUGUACCUGGUGAAGAUCACCUCAGAAGGUCUAGAGAAGAUCACCUGCUCACCAGAGAGUGAGAUCAACCCAAACGGCGUGACUGAAGGAUCCACUUUCUCCAGAAGAAAGCGUCAGGCAGAGUCAAGCAGGACAUCUGAGGGGAGCAAAAUAUCUCUUUUCACAGAUAAAAGAAAACGCAAAAUUCUGUCAUGUGCUGGGGAUGUGAAAUGUGUGGACAUCAAGUGCCCUCUACAGGGAUUGGACAGUAGUGCGCACAUUGUACUGAGGUCUCGCCUUUGGAACACAACUUUCCUUGAAGAUUAUGCCUCAUAUAAUUAUCUUGACCUGAUAGUGAAAGCCUCCAUCAGUCUUGAUGUUUCUGCUCAGAACAUUGUGCUGAAGAAUCCUGAGACACAGGUGAGAGUGACCAUCUUCCCUGAAAAUACAGUGGCUCACUAUGCAGGAGUGCCAUGGUGGAUAAUUCUAGUGGCCGUACUAGCGGGAAUACUGAUGCUUGCUCUGUUAGUGCUUCUACUCUGGAAGUGUGGUUUCUUCAAGCGUGCCCAAAAAGAACAAUAUGACGCAGCAUAUCAUAAAGCUGAGAUCCAUGCUCAGCCCUCAGACACAGACAAGCUCUCCACUGAGCCCUAGAGGCCUUCGCCUGGUGUGGAUUUUUCAAACGUUCCAAGUAUGAUGACAGCAUUCCUAAGUACCACGCCGUGAGGAUCCGUAAGGAGACGCGCCACUUUGCAGAUGAAAGCAUCGUGUUUGAUCCGUUCGAGAAGAAGCAGUGGAUGACCAUAUGGAGUGAGAAUGAAAGUUACUCCUGACACUUUUGCCUCACUGAUGUGAUAAACUAGACAACCUUCUGGUGUCCACUAAAUAUAAUGGAGCCUGAAUUCAGGACUUGGCACAGUCUGUUUUGUUAUAAUGAAGACACACAAAACAAAAGACUUCUUUUCAUGCACUGGUUUAUAACACAGCAAUGGUGCCAAGUCUAAAAAUACCAAGCAAAUGACGUGUAAUUAAGGGAUAUUUUUCUUGGAUAUUUGUAUACAUAAUUAAGACCAGCCUUUUUUAAAAAAGCCUAUUUGAACAAUUUGGAUGAUUACUGGACUACUGUAACUGACUUUAAAUCUGUAAAUAUUGAACUGUACUUGCACAGUGUUUAUUUAUUGACUGACUGUCUUGUUUAAUUAGCCAAAGGUUCUCCAGGUUCUUUCUAAAGCUGUGAAAUUUGCUUAAAAUAUAAACAUCGAGCAGAUUAUAAGGAUAAAAUAAUCUGAGAUGCAUGAUGGAUGAAGGCAAUCUAGCACACUGUAUGGCAGGGUUUUAUAUUUGGGGUAUAAUGUUCGCUGCUCAUAUUUUUGUAUAUACCGUAUGUGAGUUUUUACUGCCGAGUAGAUAUUGGAGCAGAAACAAAUGUGCAGAUGUGGUUAUGAACUGUACAGAUAAACUGAAUACUGGGACCAAGAACAAAACCAUACAAAACAAAAGUACUUAUCCAGGAAUAGACAGUCUGACUACUGCGAGUUUCAGCACCUAUAGGUUUGUGUAUCCAAAGUGCCAUAAACAUUUGAAUUUACUGAAGAAAACUCAGCAGGUUUAAUUACUAGGAGCUUUGCUAGCUCAUAUACAGGUACAUAUGGAUUGACAAUGUAAUUGAAAGGGAAUUUGUCGAAAUUAAUUUGAAUGUUUUGUUGUCCCUUUUAAUUAGGUUACUCAGUUUGUAUUACAGUAUAUAUGUGAUCUAAAAGCGUAAAUCUAUAGUUUGUUCUCAGUGAACUUUAGUAAAGUUUGUAGCUGAAGGUGGAGAGGACACUUCAAUUCACUGGCCAUUUUAUAUGCACCUACUGUAGUUAAAACCAAUAAGCCAUUAAAGCUAGACGGGCUUUCGAUUUCAUAAAAUCGGUGAAAUUUAGUUCCCUCUGAAAUUUGGUCAUUGUGAUAUGUUUAUUUCUGUAAUAUCCCCCCAAAAAACCCAGGUCAUUUUGUAGCUGGGAAGUUAUUUAAUUUGAGAGGAUUCCCGAGCAAAUAAUGUGCAUGAAAUCGCUCGCUUCGCACAGUCAAGCAGACAGAGGAAGUCUGUGUGCGCAUGCGCAGGUUUACCUUCUUCUUCAUCUUUUGGGUUUUACAGCAGCCGGCAUCCACAGUGUUGCAUUACUGCCAUCUACAGGUUUACCUUGACCGUGCACUGACGGUUACAUCAUUCGGUCGCUAAACGAACAGCUGAUCACACCGAGGUGCUCGCUGACCGCCGAUAUUUAUUAGUUUGGUCCUGGGUUUCCCUUCCUUCACAACAUAACGUCUUUUCUUCUCGCUUUCCGUUACUGUAGUCGGUUUUUCACGUUUCAUUCGCAUACUCACGUCCUCCAUUUUUCUCUCCUGUUUCAAAUUUGUAUCUCACAAUUCCUUGCGUGAACGGGGAAAGUCCACCACAUGAUGCAUGGUGUAGUAUCCUGAAUUGGGUCAUGGUGAAGCAGGAAAAAAUAGCGGAGAAUUUAGGGCCAUGUUAAUUAUUCUAUUUAAAAAAUAAUAAUAAAAUUAGAAGUUGGUGAUUCAAAUUCAGUAGCUUUCAGUCCACUAAACAAAAAUAACUGGGUGUCAGGAAAAAUUCUUUUUUAUGACCUACACUUGAAAAAUCUGAAAGACAGUCUACCUUUAAGGAACAUAUAAAGCAUGAUAGAGAUAGGGCAUGUCGUUAUGGGGAAAUAAUGACCAAAUGGUGCGAUGCCAUUACCACCUACAAAACCAUGCUCCAAACUGUUUUAUUCAUUUUAUACCACAGCAAUUUAUGAAUGAUUACAAGUUUUAUUUAAUUAAAGAACAUCAUACUUUUUAUCCCUUUAUUGUUGCAUU